CUCUCUCCGCCUCGUACACACUCACACACGCUCCGGCGCGCACACGCGGCGCGCAGGCCAGAGGGAGGAGGCUCCGCGCGGCUCGGCGGCGGCGGCAGCGUGCUCCGCGGGCGGCCGGGAGGGCUGGCGGGCGGCCCCCGCUCCCCGGCUCCGCGGCUCGGUGCAGCCCGCGCGGCCCCCGCCCUCGGACCCGCCCCCGGGGGUCGCCCGGCCCCAUGCCCUGCAGCGGCGGCAGAGCAGCGCGCGGUCGCAGGCGGCUCUGAGGAGCCCGGAGGGAGCCGGCGACGAGGGGACCAUGUACCGGGACCCGGAGGCUGCCAGCCCAGGGGCGCCCACCCGCGAUGUCCUGCUGGUGUCUGCCAUCAUCACCGUCAGCCUUAGCGUCACUAUCGUCCUCUGCGGCCUGUGCCACUGGUGUCAGCGCAAAUUGGGCAAACGCUACAAGAACUCCUUGGAGACGGUGGGCACGCCAGACUCGGGGCGUGGUCGCAGUGAGAAGAAAGCCAUCAAUUUCGAGGACUCCACCCUGUCCACGGCCACUACCCUUGAGUCUAUUCCCAGCUCCGCGGGAGAGCCGAAAUGCCAGCGACCCCGCACACUGAUGCGGCAGCAGAGCCUGCAGCAACCGCUGAGCCAGAACCAGCGGGGCCGGCAGCCCAGCCAGCCCACCACCAGCCAGAGCCUGGGCCAGCUGCAGGCCCAUGCGGCCUCGGCACCGGGCUCCAACCCCCGGGCCUAUGGCCGGGGUCAGGCUCGGCAGGGCACCUCGGCCGGCUCCAAGUACCGGGCAGCUGGGGGCCGCAGCCGCUCCAACCCAGGCAGCUGGGACCACGUGGUGGGGCAGAUUCGAAACCGAGGCUUGGACAUGAAAUCUUUCCUGGAAGGCCGGAUGGUGGUGCUAUCCCUGGUAUUAGGGCUUUCGGAACAGGAUGACUUUGCCAAUAUCCCUGACCUGCAAAACCCAGGAACCCAGCAGAACCAGAACGCUCAGGGGGACAAGAGGUACGAACGAGCGAGGCCUGCGGCGGCGGCGGCAGCGGCAGAGAAGGAGGCUCGGAGAGGCCACCCGCCUCACCCGGCCCCGACUGCUGGACGAGGUGGUGGUGUCUUCAGCAGAUGCUGGAGUGGGAGGAGAAGUCCUCCAGCUGGUCUUCUGUCCCCUGACCACCAACCCUCCUCACCUUGUGUAUCUGCCCCCACCGCAGGUUUUCCCUAUGAGAAAGUGGUGCAGAGGGUCCUCUACCUCCAGGUCCUGGAUUACGACCGUUUCAGCCGCAAUGACCCCAUUGGGGAGGUGUCCAUCCCUCUCAACAAGGUGGACCUGACCCAGAUGCAGACCUUCUGGAAGGAUCUGAAGCCAUGCAGCGAUGGGAGUGGGAGCCGAGGGGAGCUGCUCCUGUCUCUCUGCUACAACCCCUCCGCCAACUCCAUCAUCGUGAAUAUCAUCAAAGCUCGCAACCUCAAAGCCAUGGACAUCGGGGGCACGUCAGACCCCUACGUGAAGGUGUGGCUGAUGUAUAAAGACAAGCGGGUAGAGAAGAAGAAGACGGUAACAAAGAAGAGGAAUCUGAACCCCAUCUUCAAUGAGUCUUUCGCCUUCGACAUCCCCACAGAGAAGCUGAGGGAGACCACCAUCAUCAUCACUGUCAUGGAUAAAGACAAGCUCAGCCGCAAUGAUGUCAUUGGCAAGAUCUACCUGUCCUGGAAGAGUGGACCAGGUGAAGUUAAACACUGGAAGGACAUGAUCGCUCGCCCCCGGCAGCCUGUGGCCCAGUGGCACCAACUGAAAGCCUGAGUGGAGGCCGGAGGAGGCCCCCAGGGCCAAGGCCUGGGUUCCCAUCAUGCCCCCACCACUUUAUGCACAAUGCCCAGCCUGGCCCCCCUGCCUUGGGUGAGGGGAGAACCCUGAGAGCUCAGCCAGGGAGGGGCACCAGAACUCUACUGGGCCCCGUUUCUAGGAAGUUCCAGCCCCACCCCCAUGAGUCCAGCUUGGGUAUGGGGGCUCUGGGAGCCAUCUCCCUGCUUUGCCUCUUUCUUUCCUGAUUUGCUGAUACUAAAGAAGUGGGGGAAGCUCAUGAGCCAGAUAGGCAGCUCCCUCCAGAGGCCCGCCAGGUGGGCAUAGCCCCCGUUUUCUUUAAGGCAGUGCCUGGAGUGGAGAGAAGCCACCCCUUCCCUAGCCCCCCUUUUUGGGGCCCAGGAGAGGAAGGCCGAGGCGUUUGGCCACGGCCUGGUCAUCAAGCCCAUCCCCAGCUUCAGGUGCCGGCUGGGCCCUGGAUGCUGAGGAUAGUAUAUAGCCUGUGCUCUGGGGUCCUGGAGACAUGGCCCUGUGUAUUUGUGUUGUGUCUACUGUAUGUGUGUGUAUGUUUGUAUGUAUGUGUGCGUGUGUGUGUGCCCAUGCACGUGAACACACGUGCACGUGUAAGCUCAUGCGCACGUGUGUGAAAGGGGGUGCUCACUCCCAGUCCCCCUGGGGCCAGCAGUGCUGACUAGCUAUGGAGAGUAGCAGAGUUUCAUGUGGACGAGGUGGGGCUGGGUCAGGUAGAGGUUAAGGCCACAAGGAUGGUAGGAGAGGAAGGGAGGGUAUGGACAGCUGAGUAGAAGGUGUCGUCUGGACCAAGGCAGAGAUUUCAGCUGCCUCCUGGCACCCAUUUUGCCUGUCUCUGUAGCCUCUACACCCAGAAUUCCCCAGUAGCAACUCCCCUACAAUGCUAUUCCUUGGGCCUGGGCUCACAUUCUGUAGGCACCGAUUCACCAUGUGCAUGGCAUUCCACCAGGGCACCACUCCCAUCCUUCUCAGGCAUCCCUAACCCCUCACCCAGGGACCCCCCCCACCUUCCCAGGUCUCAUAUUCCAGCCAAGUUGGCAUCUGCUCCACACUCUCUGGCUUGGAUACAGUCCCUCAUCCCCACCUCUUACCCCAACAUAUCCAUUCCUUUCUUUGCACUAUCUGGUCUACCCCGGACCUUCUCCAGGCUGUCUUGACACAUUCCCCCACCCUCCCUCAGCCCCCUCAGAGCAGUAGCUCUUUCUGCACCACCCCCUCUACCAUGCAAACAGAGGAAGCAGGGGACAUUCCAGGAGUCUGAGGUUGCCAUAUACAAAGAAGCUGCCGUUUUAUCCUUCCCAGCCUCUGCUGAGACUAGAGCUGGCUUCCCCUUGGAAACAGCAGACUCCAGGAUGGUCCCUCUUAAGUCCUGUCAUCCCUCCGUGCUCCUUUGAGAAAAGACCCACCGGUGACAGAGUGACAGAGCCUCAAAACCAGCCCAGAGACUUGAGCCCGACAUUCCCAGAACGUACCACCAGGUGGCACCAGACCACCACAGCUGUGGUAACAGUUGGGGACCACAGUUCUACCCUGGCUGGCAAGCCUGGCACCCCAGGGACAGAAGGGGCUCUGUACUAGAUCUCCACAUCUAGAGCACAGUGGAAACAUAGGUAUUUGGGCACAUUUUCCUUUAGUGAGAUUCUCCUUAAGCUCAACUUUCUGCUCUAGGCAGUGAGGUCCUUUUGCCCAUAUCAAAAUGUUCUUAAAUUGAAUUUCACACCCUGUCCCCUGGUACCUGGAGGAAUCUCUUAUGUUGUAGGUGAAUCAUUUGUAGGGUGAAGAAUUCUACUGUGAAACAAAUAGUUACCCAUAUUACUUGUAGACCCAAAUGUUUCUAUACCGCAGCUUUGCUAUAAGUGGUACCCCUCCCCAACUGCCUUGCCAAGCUGGGUGUAGGCCCCAGGAAGGGACCCCAGAGGCUGUGUGGAAAUAGGAAAGGGAACUGUCAAGAGCCUGGAAAUGAGAGAAACAGCGACUAUCCUUUACUCUGUCUGCCUCGGUUCCCUGAGCAUCCCCACAGGGCAUCUGAGGGACCCAACCAACUUCCACCAAUGAGUGUAAGCAUGGCAGAGGAUUUAUGGGAGUCUUGCUCAUGCAUUUCUUAGCCAGUCAGCUCAGAGAGCAUCCCCCACAGAGCUGGUUCCCCUCAGACCCUACCUAGGAACACUGGUGACCCAACUUGGAAUUCCUCAGCCCCCACAUGUAGCUCAAGUGGGGCAACCGGCAAGAGGUUCCAAAUGGUGGGCUAAGAGCAGAGUGGUGUUGCACAGGAGGCAGUUGGGUGGUAAGGAGUCUGGGUAUGGGACAGUUAGGGUAAUCCGGGAGCAGGGAAAGGGGGGAACUUGAGGGUGGGGAGGGCACCAGAGCUCUGCUACCACCAUCCUAGGAUCUUGGGCAAGUCACCCACACUCCCUGGGCCUCAGUUUCCCCAUCUGUAAAAUGAUGGUAAUAAUACUUCACCUACCUCAUGGGGGAGGUUGUGAGGCCACCAUCACCUGACCUAGGGGAUCAAGGCAGGAGGGCUCUGAAGGUGCUACCCAGAGCAAAGUUGUUGCUGACACCUGAAAGCAAGGCCCACCUGCCCAUCCAGCCUACCCCACAGAGCCUCUAGGGACCACCAGAGCUGAUCUGUCUCUUCACUGUGUCCCAAGCCCCUUUCUGAGUGUCAUCUGACAUCUUGUGGGCACCCUAGACUUAGUUGUUAUGUUGUUUAGGUAUCCUUUCUUGUGACCAUCUUCUCCAUGUAACUGCUAUACAAAUUCCACCUGCCCCAGCACACCCCUCCACCUGCCCUCUGGCACCAGAGGCCAGGGAAGGGACAAAGGAAAACAGCCACAAAAGGAAAAAAAAAAAAAAAAAA